AUGAAUAAAAAUUGCAUCGAUGGUUUCGAAAAUUCAGCAAAGAACGGUUCCUCGAGUACAAGUUCGGCUGGUCCAGGAGGUGGCGGAGGAGGAGGUGAUAAUAGAAGUAACGGUGGUGGAAAAUCAAAAAGGGUUCGAACGAUAUUCACGGCAGAGCAACUCGAGAAACUUGAGGGUGAGUUUGCAAGGCAGCAAUACAUGGUUGGGCCUGAGAGACAGUACCUGGCCCACGCCCUGAGACUCACUGAGGCUCAGGUUAAGGUCUGGUUUCAAAAUCGGCGAAUAAAGUGGCGCAAACAUCAUCACGAGCAACAGAGUCAGCAGCUGCGCGAAAUACAUCAGCGAUCACUCUCAUCCCUGGAGCACGAGGAUUGUGACGAGACUGGAGAGUGGUGAACAACCCUGAAUCCACCCGAGAAAUUCACCCCGA